CCAAAGGGUAGUUGUGUCGGCCUCGUGUAACGAGGAAAAUCCCGACGAAAGAUGGUGGCUCGUUAGAGCAAAGAAUACUACUGACGAAGAAGGAGGAGGAGAAGAAGAGACUUACAUGGCUAAGUUUCUUGUGGUUGCAACAGGUGAGAAUGGUGAAGGGUUUAUACCACCUGGGAUUAAUGGGCUGCAUGGUUUUAGUGGGGAGAUAAUGCAUUCUAGCCAGUAUAAAAAUGGCAAAAAGUUUCAAGACAAAUCGGUUCUGGUCGUUGGUUCUGGAAAUUCUGGAAUGGAAAUUGCUUAUGAUUUAUCUGAUCAUGGCGCUCGAACCUCCAUUGUUGUUCGUAAUCCGGUGCAUGUUCUUACCAAAGAAAUGGUACAAUUAGGCAUGACUUUGCUGAAAUUCCUCCCUCUGGAUAUCGUCGAUAAAUUAGUGGUUGCUUUAAGCAUGUGGAAGUUCGGAGACCUUUCUCCAUUCGGACUGCAGAGGCCCAACAAAGGCCCAUUUUAUACCAAGCGGGCCACACGGAAAUCACCAGUUAUUGACGUUGGAACAUCGAGGAAAAUCAAAACCGGAGAAAUCAAGGU